CAAACAAACAAACGAGUACAUAAACAAAUGCAAGAUAACAAAAGCCACAUUCACAAUAUUUCCAAUUCCAUUGGGCUUCUUGGCCAGAAGCCAAACUAGAUAUUUUUACGUCAACCAUGGCCUCAUUUCUUCAACUUCUACAUCCCCAAUUCCGUUACGCCACCGUCUUCUACCACCACCAACUACCAUCCCAUCCAUCACUUUCACCUAGUCGUAGACCUACCCUCAUUUACGCAGCCGCCUCAGCUACCUUGCCGCCAAGAAACGGAGCUCUAAACGUGGGUGAUUUUAUGACUAGAAAAGACGAGUUACAUGUGGUCAAGCCCACAACACCAGUAGAUGAAGCUCUGGAAGCUCUUGUAAAACACAAAAUAAGUGGCUUUCCUGUAAUCGACGAUGACUGGAAUUUGGUUGGACUCGUUUCUGAUUACGACUUACUAGCACUGGACUCUGUAUCGGGCUCCACGCGAUCUGAUACCAGCAUGUUCCCGGACGUUGAUAGCACCUGGAAGACGUUUAACGAGGCACAAAAAUUGCUCAGUAAAACCGAUGGGAAGGUAGUUGGUGAUUUAAUGACACCCGCGCCAUUAGUGGUUCGCGAAAAUACUAAUCUUGAGGAUGCUGCUAGAUUGUUACUUGAAACCAAAUAUCGCCGCCUUCCAGUUGUAGAUAGCAAAGGAAAGCUGGUGGGAAUUACUACACGAGGAAACGUUGUAAGAGCCGCCCUCCAAAUAAAAAAGGGCAGCGAGACGAAAACAUAACCUUUGGAGGAGAUGGUAUGUGGACAGAUCUGAUUGACAAAAAAAUUAGUUACAACAGUUUUGAUUAUUCUCAAAAAACCUUAUACUAAUGGUGUUAAGGAAACUACCAUAGUACUACAUGUAUAUAUAUGUUACAAACAGAUUUUGAAAUGUACGUUAUGCUUUGUUAUAUAUUUUUAUACAAGGUUUUUAACCA